AUGGCAACAGACAGAGACAGUGCCCAAGGAAAACGAGAGGCUUCGGGUCAUAUUCAGCUCGAAGAAAAAGAGGCAGAAGCCUUGUCAUCACUUUGUGAUGUUCCCAUCAAUUCGGUCAAGGAAGAUGAACGAUCAAUAAGGAAAGCAGAUUCCCAGGUACUUGAAACCAACGAAGAAUUCGAUUUUCGCCUAUGGGGUGGUUCCCUUUCCAAGGAACCAAAAAUGUGUGCAGCAGAUGAAGUCUUCUUUCAAGGCCAAAUUCUCCCCUUACAACUAAACAACCAGAUAUUCAACCGCUACAAAUCAAGGUCCCUCGAUUACCUCGACCAUGGUUCUCUGAGUGAGUCUAGAAGCAACAGCAGUAGAAGCAACAGUUUUAAAAGCCAGAACUCAUCAAACAGCACUGGUUCCACGAUCAUUCUGACACCAAGAGUUUCCGUUUCAGAGUCCAGAGUAAAAAACCGAUUUCACACUUACCCAAGUCCCAAACCUCAGUUAAGAGUGCCUCUGCCAAGACAAGCAAGUUUCGGUAAUGUGGGUCAAAAAUCGUCAACGUGGGACUUCUUCCGUCUGGGUGUGGUGCCCGUACCUGAGAUAGAAUUGCAAGACCUUAAAGUUCGCGGUACAAAAAAUCCUGUCUCUCGCCAUGGCAGCACUAGUAAUAAUAGAAGCAAUUGUGGAACCACUAAAAGUGGCAAAAUGAGUACGAGUACUCAUUAUAGGGAUAAGAGCAAUUAUGGGUUGAAGCAGCUUCUGGGUAAAGGCGGUGGUUUGUUGAGUGGAUGUAGGUGUUCGAUUGAAAUGCCAUUGGACACUGUCAUAAUCAAUAGUCGCACUAACAAAAGCACCAAAGAGACAGAAAGUGCAACGCGUGCCAUGAAAGAAAAAGUAGUGAUCGAGUUCGACAAGGAGAAGCAGAGGCGAAAGCAAGGAAAGAAGGCUGUGUCAUGUCGUCGUCAAACGUUUGAAUGGCUAAAGGAACUUUCGCAUGCAAGCUAUCCUGAUGAUGAAGAGGAGGCUUUGCUUUUAAACUCAUGA